AUGGCAGUGGUGUAUGUAGUUCAGCAGUGGAGGCCCUAUUUGUUAGGAAGACAUUUUAAAAUUUUCACUGAUCACAGAACUAUUCAAUAUUUCUUAGAUCAGAAAAUCUCUACUCCAACUCAGCAGAAAUGGUUGCUGAAGUUAGCUGGCUAUGACUAUACCAUUCAUUUCAAGGCUGGCAAAAAUAAUGCAGGACUAGAUACAUUGUCAAGGAGAGAGGAGUUGGGGGCAAGUGAAAAUAAAAUUGUGGAAAGGUUUGGAAGUCUCAGUGCACUACAAGGGAUUUCAUCUCCUGCACAUUUGUUUUUACAGGAUAUUCAGAAAUCUUGUCUAAUUGAUCCUGAAGCUAGUAUUAUUAUUGUUCAACUGCAAUCAGAUGCAAGUUCUCAACCUCACUAUAAGCUGGAGGGAGAGCAACUGUUGUUUAAGGAUAAGAUCUUUGUUCUUGUCACUGACAAUUGGAGAACCAAAAUUAUUGUUGAGUUCCAUAAUGGGUACAAUAUAUGGGGGACAUGCUGUGGAGUGUUUAAGCUGCAUGGGAUGCCAGACUCUGUAAUCUCAGAUAGAGACCCUGUCUUCUUGAGUGGAUUCUGGUCAGAAUUUUUCAAAGCUCAAGGAACUGCAUUGCAUAAGAGCUCAGCAUACCAUCCUCAAACAGAUGGCCAAACUGAGAAUCUCAAUAGGUCUCUUGAACAUUACCUAAGGUGUGUAGCAGGAGAAAAACCAACUUCUUGGGUGGAGGCUUUACCUUGGGCUGAAUACUGGUAUAAUACUGCACAUCAUUCUACAAUUGGGAUGACACCUUUUCAGGCUCUCUAUAGUUAUGAACCUCCUGCAAUAAGGUCUUAUGCUUCAGUAUUAACUGCAGUUAAUUCAGUGGAUCAGGCACUAAAGACAAGAGAUGAGUUGUUAGCUAUUUUGAAGAGGAACUUGGAGAUUGCACAAGCUAGGAUGAAGUUGCAGUAUGACAGAAAGCAUGUGGAAAGGGAAUUUCAGAUUGGAGACUGGGUUUAUGUGAAACUGCAGCCUUACAAGCAGCAGAGUGUGGCUAAGAGGAAGUUUCACAAACUUUCUCCUAGAUAUUAUGGCCCUUUUGAAGUGGAUGAGAGGAUUGGGACUGUUGCCUACAAAUUGAAGCUCCCAGCUGCUGCAAAAAUACAUCAAGUUUUUCAUGUUUCUUUGCUAAAAAAGAAGUUGGGGAGUACAGUGACUGCUUCAGCUCAUUUGCCUCCAAAUGUUGACCCCUACAAUCCUAGGUGGUACCCAGCAAAAAUAUUGGAGGGCAGGAUGUACAAGAAGGGUAAUGUAGCAGUGACCAAAUGGCUCAUUCAGUGGUUGGGAUCAACAGAAGAAGAAGCUACAUGGGAGGAAGCUGAAGAUAUUCAAUCUCGAUUUCCGGAUUUUCAAGAUAUGUAA